AACUGGCAUACUAUAUUGCUGUAGAUAAUUGAAAACAUCAUAUGUAAAUUGCGAGAAGGUGAUGAGGUAAUUGUUUUCUCACCUGAGACUCCUUGAUGAAAAUUUUGUGGAGAGCCAAAGAUUUAAGAGGAAGAAGAGCUUACAAGAAGUGUUUGCGGCAUUAAUGGAUCAAUACACAAAAGAUUAACUCGGAAGAAAGUCAUUGAAAAUAUAUACUUUUUCCCGACACUUUUUCGAAGCAGGGUUAAACAUCUGAUUGUAGGAUAAUGAACUCUCACAUGGAUAUUUAACACAGAGAAGAGGAUGUUUUUUAAUGGCUGUUGUUUCAAAGAGGGGGAUUAGAGAUUGCAGUAUUGAUAUUUAACCAUGUAUUUGCUGAAUAUAUAGUUAGUCUCUAAGAAGAAUUCCUUGUGUGGAUGUAAGAUGUUUACAAACGGGCAAUAUCUUAUUCUGCAGGAUUGAGAAUAUUUAUGAUCACAAAGAAACUGUUACCUGUAUAUCAUUCUUUGUAAGACUCUUCCAAAAAAAAAAAUUCCUCGCAUACAAAUCAAUAACGACAAAAUGCUGAAAAAUCAACAUGUUUUUGCACUUCGUCAUAAACUAUUGUCAUCAGAGUGGCACAGUGUAAUUAAAUAUGAGACUGUAUGUGCUGAAAGAAAAAAUGGGUGGAAAAUAGCAGUAUUUGGCAGUUAAAUCCUGUUUUGUUUUGUUUUUUCUUUUUUGAGUUGUGUUUGGUUGGAGAUUUUGUGCAUCAGCGAGAUAGCUGAUUGAUACACAGUGGUCACAAACCCUCAGGUGUCUCAUUGCGAUAAUAUUAGAUAAAAGUGGGACACUUAUUUCAGUUUUUGGGGGGCAGUUUUGUGUUGCCUGGUAUUGAUCUAUGGUUUUAAAAAUCGAAGAGAUUUUUUUAUGAAGAAAGACUUUAUUUUAUUGUGUGGGAGAUCGGAUGACUUCUCUUUAGAAAAAAAAAUAUUGCGUAAUUUCCUUGUUUAGUCAUGGAGUCAAGUGAAAAUGGAGAUAAAGGAUUGAACAGAGAAACAGUGAUUGGCAGUGGAGAUAAUGAGACUCAUGUGGAAGACACAGAGAGUUCCACUUUGUUAUCCACUUCCACACCUGGAAGUGGAGAGGAGGAGGGUGGAAAUUUAGUGCAUGGAAGUGGAGGGUUUAGGAGCAAAUUCCAGGUCACCCCAGCUAUUGUUGUUCAUGAGGUGGGAAUAGAUCAAAAUGGUAAACCAUACAAAGUGGAUAUUGAUGAUGAGCAUGGUGAGGACACUUCCCGUAAUUUGGACAAUAAUCCCUUGGCAAGCAAUGAUGAACUGGAAUCUCCGUACUCACAGCAGAUGGAGCUGUAUGCAGAUGAUCUGCAUGAAAGAGGAAAAAUCUCUCAAAUUCUCAACCGCAUUGCCAAUUACCAAGGUGGUGUGGAACCCAAUAUCAGUGAAAAUUACAAGUCCAGACCAAAGACGGUAUGUGGAUCUGUAAAGCUGGGAACUCUAUUAGGGGUAUACCUCCCCACUAUACAAAACAUUUUUGGAGUGCUGCUGUUUAUUCGUAUGACAUGGAUCGUAGGGAUGGCUGGAGCAUUAGAGAGUCUGGGAAUAGUCAUUAUUUGUUGUUUUACAACUUUUCUGACGGCCAUAUCUAUGAGUGCCAUAGCAACCAAUGGUGUUGUACCAGCAGGUGGGUCGUACUUCAUGAUUUCUCGUGCCCUGGGGCCAGAGUUUGGGGGAGCUGUAGGGGUGCUAUUCUAUCUUGGAACCUCAGUGGCAUCUUCCAUGUAUAUUAUAGGAGCCGUGGAAAUUCUAGUGAAAUUUAUUGCACCUGUCUUGUCAAUUUUUGGAGAUGUAACCAUAGAGGCCAAUGCUUUCAAUGCCUACAGAAUAUAUGGCACUGUGAUUCUUCUUAUCCUAGCUCUUAUCGUAUUUGUUGGGGUGCGAUUUGUCAGCAAGUUUGCAGCCCUUUCACUUGCUUGUGUCAUUCUGUCCAUUCUAUGUAUAUACAUUGGUAUAUUUGCUGCCACAAAGGAUGAUAAUGUUCGGAUAUGUUACCUUGGAGAUAGGCUGUUAACAAGUGACAUGGCGGAGACAAACGGAAGGUUUACAUGUAGUAAGGACAACUAUACAACACUGUACGCUAAACAUUGCUUCAAUGAGACAUGUGAUGACUUCUUCAAUGAACAUGAAACUAGAGUGGUGGACGGAAUUCCAGGUCUGGCCAGUGGAGUAUUUCAUGCCAAUCUACACAACCGUUACACAGAAGAGGGUAAAAUUAUUGGCACUGACACGAAAGGUAACCGAGCCUAUGGAGAAAUCGUUGCCGACAUCACUUCCUCUUUUAUGGUUUUGUUGGCUAUUUAUUUCCCAUCAGUAACAGGUAUAAUGGCUGGUUCCAACAGGUCAGGAGAUUUAGCAGAUGCCUCCAAAUCCAUCCCAGCAGGAACCAUUGCUGCCAUUAGCACCACUUCUUUUGUUUAUUUUAGCUGCGUACUCUUCUUUGCUGGCACCAUUGAAGGGGAUUUGCUAAGAGAUAAAUUUGGAGAGAGUAUAAAUGGUGGUUUGGUUGUGGCAAAGUUGGCGUGGCCCACUGAGUGGGUGAUUCUGAUUGGGUCAUUUUUGUCUACCCUGGGAGCUGGACUUCAAAGUCUCACAGGAGCACCUCGUUUGUUACAAGCCAUUGCUAGUGAUGGAGUUAUCCCUUUCCUGAACGUGUUUGGGGUAACCACUAAGAGGGGGGAGCCUUUCAGGGCUCUUCUAUUAACUGCCCUCAUAUCAGAGCUAGGAAUCCUUGUGGCCAACCUUGACAUGGUAGCACCCAUCAUCACCAUGUUCUUCCUGAUGUGCUAUGGAUUCGUCAAUAUGGCAUGUGCUCUACAGACAUUACUGAGAACACCCAGCUGGAGACCCCGAUUCAAGUUCUACCAUUGGAUUCUCUCCCUUAUUGGACUGGCACUAUGUGUGACUCUGAUGUUCAUAUCAAGUUGGUACUAUGCCCUGGUAGCCAUUGGUAUUGCUGUCUGUAUAUACAAAUACAUUGAAUACAAAGGUGCUGAGAAAGAGUGGGGAGAUGGAAUCCGGGGUUUGGCUAUGUCUGCUGCUCGAUACUCCUUACUGCGGGUACAACAAGGAAUUCCCCAUACCAAGAACUGGAGACCACAGCUUCUGGUGUUAAUGAAGUUGGAAGAUGACUUGAGCCCCAAGUACCCACAGAUGGCGGCCUUUGCUAGUCAGCUCAAAGCAGGGAAAGGUUUGACUCUGGUGAAUUCUGUGAUUGAGGGGAAAUACAUGGAGCGAUAUGACGAUGCCCAGGUUGCCAAACAGAAAUUAAGCAGGACCAUUGAGCAAUUUGGAGUCAAGGGAUUUUCAGAUGUAUUAGUGAGUGAGAGUGUUUCUGUUGGAAUGUGCCAUAUGAUUCAGAAUGCUGGUUUGGGAGGUUUGCGACACAACACUGUGAUGAUUGGUUGGCCAUACGGAUGGAGACAUGAUCAUAAUGAGAGGAGCUAUAAAGUCUUUCUGGAUGCUGUGAAGAAUAUAAAUGCAGGACAAAUGGCAUUGCUGGCUGUAAAGGGAAUCAAUUUGUUUCCAUCAUCCAAUGAAAAACUCAAAGGAACCAUUGAUGUGUGGUGGAUUGUGCAUGAUGGAGGGAUGCUGAUGUUAUUGCCCUUCCUGCUGAAGCAACACAAGACCUGGAAACAUUGUAAACUCAGGGUCUUCACUGUGGCCCAACUUGAGGAUAACACUAUUCAGAUGAAGAAGGACUUGGAGUUGUUUAUGUAUCAGCUUCGAAUAGAUGCAGAGGUCCAUGUGCUAGAAAUGAGUAACAGUGAUAUUUCUGCUUACACCUAUGAAAGAACACUAAUGAUGGAACAAAGAACUGAAAUGUUGAAACAGAUGAAAGGAAACAAAAAGGAGGUUCAGUCCAUCAUUGACCAAUCUCAUGUGACUCCGGCUUCUCCCACCAAGAUAAAGCUGGAACCGGUUCAGGAGGAGAGCCAGGGACCGGAGAGUUCAACCGAUGAAGAAAAACUGGAAUCUCACCAGUACACCUUCACUCCUGGUGCAGCCAAAAUCAGUUCCUCAACCAGCAACAACGGGAAAGCAGGAGAUUAUCUCCAAAUUAAACCCGAUUCCAAAUUUAAUGGCAAUCUUAAUAAGAAACCUGACAAGAAAAAUAUACGACGUAUGCACACUGCCGUGAGGCUGAAUGAGGUCAUCAUAGAAAAGUCACACGAGGCUCAGCUUGUCAUUCUAAACCUCCCGGCCCCUCCCAAGUCCGAGGCAGCGGAACUCAAUUUUAUGGAGUAUCUUGAGGUGUUGACCGAGGGCUUAGACCGAGUGCUGAUGGUCAGAGGAUGUGGAAAUGAGGUCAUCACCAUCUACUCAUAAUUCCACAAGAAUAAAUCUUACAUUGGCAAAUCAAAGAGGGGAAAGUGGGGAAAAAGAUUAUAUAUCUUCUUGUUAUGAACUGCAUAUGCAGAGACCAUCUGGAAGUAUUUUUGGAUGAUAGUUGAUUUUGUUCAAAACAGAGAGGUAGAACUUUACUUAUUUUUAAACAAUAUGUGCAUGUUUUACAGAUACAGUAAUAUUAAAGCUUGUAUUUUUUUAAUUAUAUUUUUCAUCUGUAUGUGAUAAAGCAAUAAGGGCCAAAGGAUUUUUCUUUUACAUGAAGGGGGAAAAAAUUGAGACAUAUCAGUAUAACUGAUUGAUUUUCACAUUUUUUUUUAUUAUAACAAAAAGUAAAUUAGUCAAUAAUUUUCCAGAAAUAAAUUUUGCUAGUUGUACUUUAGCUAAUGUCAGUUUAUAUUUAUAUUCCCACCUUUUUGCUGCUGGUUAUGUUUAUUUUUAACAUGUGCAGGUGUUUCAAAGAGAAUAUUUUUCAAUGUAAGUUUGGCUUAAAUUAUGACAUUAAAUAUUGAUGUGAAAUGCCAAGAAAGGUAAAAAGAAACAUGCCUGAUUUCUCUCUGAUAACAAGUAUGUUUUUACUGCUCAGUAGAAUUGCUUUAAUUAAAAGUCAGUGGCUCGAAAUUAAUAUUGAGAAUUUUUUGUAAUUAUAAGUUGAUUUGUUUAUCCACCCUUCACUUAAGGUGUAUUGACCAUCUAAUAAGAGAGUUAACUCUAAAUGGGUUUAAUUACUUGUGUUUCCUUUAGAAAUUGUCAGUUUUAAAGGUAUUUUCUUUGAAACUUUGCGCCACAAGGUAUACAGAAAUUGUUUGCAUUUCAAUACAAAUUUAGAUUUUUUUUUUUUAAGAAAAAAAUCGUAUGUGUUAGAAAAAAAAUCAUAUGUGUUUUCUUUUGUCCUAGUGAUAAUUUUUUUUUUAAUUUUAGUUGCCAUAUAUAUUUAAUAUAACCACUCUUGAAUUGUAUAAAGUACAUGUUUGUGCAGAGUUUACCUGACAAAUGCUGUCAGAUAUGUAGUUAGUUACCAAAUAUACCUAUGAUAAUUUAUGAAUAUGUGUUAUAUUUUUAUUAGAAGAAUCACAGAAAAUAUAUAUGGAUCUAAAUGUAUUAUGUACAGGCUCAGGAUAUAUGUAACUGCUUUCAGAUUUUUACGUUUUUAUUAAAGUGCCACUUUUAGUUUAAGUGACGUUUAUUUUAUCAGUGAUAUAGCCAAUCAUACGUUGUUUUAUUUGAUCAAUUUACUGUCUCAUAUAUGUAUAUAAUUAUAGGUUGUAUUAAGCCAGUGUUAGAAGUGAUAUCUACAUGUUUUAACCAAAUCAAAGAAUUUUGUAAGGAAAAGUGUAUUAUUUUAUAAGUACUCAGUAUUUUUUUUUUUUGUAAAAGCAUGCCAGCAAUAAUUUAACAAGUAAUCAUAAUUGAUCAUCAUUAAUUUAUUCAAUAUUUCUAGUCGGUUUUAUGACACACUUUAAAGUAUAUGGAUUAUAUAUUGAAUUAUAAUUAUUUUUCAUUCAAAAGCUUGGUGCUAGGCUGCAUGUCUGCUUUGACUGCAAAAAUCUAAAAUAUAUAUAGCAGUAAAAUUGAUUUUUGGCAAUGCAUUGCAGUUAUGAGAUAUUUGUUUUCUAUGCCUAACUGAAUGAUUUCGAGACACAAUAGAUGAAAGUUUUUUUUAUGAAAAUAAUAGAAUAAUCCUAUUACAAGUAAUCGUUUAGAUGGGUUUAAAGUAAAUUACAGUGAUAGGUUUUGCAAACUGUACUUCACAAUUUACAAUAAUAGCUGGACUAGAAAUUACUAGUACAUUUUAUGAACUUCAUGAAGUGAUAUGAUACCCCCUUCAAAUAUAUAUUUGUGUCUGUCCAUCACUGUAGAAAUGAAUUUCUCGAAGUUACUGUAUUUUAUUUUAAAUUCCCCAAUCCAUUUGACAAUCUCAUUUUAAAUUUUUUAGUAUAGAGUGAUGUUUGAGAUCAAAUAUGAAAAUGUAUAUAAAAAAAGUGGUAAUUUUUCUGCAAAGCAUUUAUAUGACUCUUCUGAUUUUUCUAUUUACGUCAAUAAGUAUUUGAAAUUCAUAGAAAUUCAAUAUAAAUAUGAAUCACAUGCCCUUUUUCCGUUAGAAUAAUUUUGUAAUUUUUUUUAUACAGAUAUUUCUAAAUGACAAUCCAUUUUAGAAAUUUAUAAGCGAAGGAAAUUUUAAACCAAAAGAAAAAAAUCAAUCAAUCAUACAUUUGAGAAAUAAAAACCUGAUUGGUUUAUCCCAUAAAAACAUCUAGUCUUACACUUUAAAUUAUGUAUGUAAAAGUAUUUUACUCCAUUAUAUGCUAUGGUUUUAUUGCAUUACAUGUAAUGAUAAUUGCAUCGCUUCCUGUUUAUUGGGGUUUUUUUUUGCAUUGAGUGUCUUUUUUUAUCAUUAUUUUAACAUUUGACAAAAUACGUUUCCUGUUUAAUAUACAUAUUUAAACCACACCUUCCAUAAAAAUAAAAUGUUAUUUCUAAGAAAAAUGCAAUUAGCCAGUUUCAUUGCCUACCGGCUAUAGCAUUGAAAUAAGAAUGUGGACUGAUAUUUCAUGCAAAGAGACGUAUAUUAUAGAAAAUGCUAAUCAGUGAUCAUGAAUAAUUGAUGUACUGGUAUUUCGCUAUAAAAGCUGAUGGUACUUUUUUCUGUAUUUUGAGGAAAGGUACAGCUAUAUGUUUCCAAAAUAUGUUUUUCAUGGUAAUGCAAACCCCUUACCAUUAUUCAAAUUAUCCUCUUCAUUUCUUGAAAGAUACUUAUAUAUGAUUUAUGUCUGGACUUUUUUCCCUUCCAAAUAGUUGAAAACUGCAGUGACCAAAAUAAAUAUGAUAUACCAAAUAUUUAUUUCAUACAACAUAUAUGUAAAAUUUAUAUCACUUCAGCCAUAUCUCAGGUAGAUAUAGAAGAAAGCUUUGUAUUUACUUCACCAUAUACAGUCAAACCUCUAUCUCGAACUCGAUGGGACCGAGAAAAAACUUCAAGAUAUCCAAGGAUUCGAAAUAUCGAGGGUAAAAUACUUAAAGAAUAAGUUGGGACUUCCAAAUCACUUUGACAUAUCCAUGGUAUCUGAGAUAUCGAAGGUCAACUGCAUUUUAAAAUUGAUAAAAUGUUUAUUGAUUUCUGAUAUUUGUUGAUCAGACUUAAAAUUUUAGAAAUGAAAAUCUAACAGGAAAAAAAUUUUGAUUUAAAAGGUAGUUUUAUAAUAUUGUUCAGAGAAUUUUUGAUAGAUAUUCUUCCAGAACUAGUAAUGGUAGUGUGGGUGUACUAGUCAAGCAUGACCCCAUGACAGGUGCUUGGUAAUUGAUCAAAUGUAUUAAACUCAUUAAGACUGUAAACUUGUAUAUG